UCCGGCCGCCGCCGCUGCGCUACGCUGCGCUGCCUGCGCCCAGGGCUCGGGAGGGGGCCGCGGAGGAGCCGCCCCCCACGCCCGGCCCCCGCUCGCCGCGCCCGGGCCCGCGCCAUGGGGCUCUGGCUGCCGCCGCCCCCUGCGCCACCGGGUUAGGGCAAUGCGGGCGACCCCGGCGCGCGGCCCCCGCGGGCACCAUGAGCCCCCUGCUCCUCCGCCUGCUGCUCGCCGCGCUCCUGCAGCUGGCCCCCGCCCAGGCCCCUGUCCCCCAGCCUGAUGCCCCUGGCCACCAGAAGAAAGUGGUGUCAUGGAUAGAUGUGUAUGCCCGCGCCACCUGCCAGCCACGGGAGGUGGUGGUGCCCUUGACCGUGGAGCUCAUAGGCACUGUGGCCAAGCAGCUGGUGCCCAGCUGUGUGACUGUGCACCGCUGCGGGGGCUGCUGCCCUGACGAUGGCCUGGAGUGUGUGCCCACGGGGCAGCACCAGGUCCGAAUGCAGAUCCUCAUGAUCCGGUACCCGAGCAGUCAGCUGGGGGAGAUGUCCCUGGAGGAACACAGUCAGUGUGAAUGCAGACCAAAAAAAAGAGAGAGUGCUGUGAAGGCCGACAGGGCUGCCACUCCCCACCACCAUCCCCAGCCCCGCUCCGUUCCGGGCUGGGACUCCGCCCCUGGGGCACCCUCCCCAGCUGACGUCACUCAUCCCACUCCAGCCCCAGGCCCCUCUGCCCACGCUGCGCCCAGCGCCGCCAGCGCCCUGACCCCCAGACCUGCCGCUGCCACUGCCGACGCCGCAGCUUCCUCCGUUGCCAAGGGCGGGGCUUAGAGCUCAACCCAGACACCUGCAGGUGCCGGAAGCUGCGAAGGUGACACACUGCUUUCCAGACCACACGCCGGUGGGGAAGGGAGUGGAACCUGGCGGAACACGCCCAGCCCAGGUGCCGACCUCAGCCUGCCUGGGCCGACGCUACUCCAGGCCCUGGGCUGCUCCCGCCCGCCGUGUCGCCCUGAGGCUGCCAUCUGGGGCCGGGUGCACAGGGCUGGGCAAGGGGACAUGGAGAGCGGUCAUUAACCAGCCUCCCGGAGCUUGGGGUACUGCCUCAGGGUUCAACCAUCCUGUGCAAGUGAGCCUCUUACAAGCGGCUCCUCCCUCCCCUUCCAAGGACUCCAGACAUCUGCCAACAAUGGGAUUUGGGCUGUGGCGUGAAAACUGUGACCCUCUCCCCCAACCCCGAUAAAAGACGUAAGGAGCUGUUCCUGCUUGUG